GGCCCGUCCGGGAACGCCCGGCCACAGGGGCGUCGGUGCCCGGAACCCCCGCAGCCCGCCCGGCACCGGGGAGGGGGGAGCGCCCCGGCCGGCCCGGGGGUGGCUGGCAGGGGAAGAGGGACAGCCCUGCGGGCUCCGGGUUGACUCCUGGCAGCGGCUGCCGUGAAUGGUAGCUGGAUCCUACAGUUAGGAGGAGUCUAAGCUGCGAAUUUUAAGCACACUGUGUUAUCUGUGUUGUGGCCUGACUUAAGUUUAAGGAAUUGCAAUAAUGCUGCUGCAUUUCUGGGGUUUGCUCAAACGUAUAUUGAACAUACUUUGUCCAUGCAGUUGUAACAAGUUUCAGUCAUACUUGGUCUAGGCUGACCACACUUACUCACAGGAGGCUCUGUGGUGGUGCUCUCUCAAAUGAGUUUUGAUAUUAUUACUGGAAAUUCUAUCCAUUGAGGGAGCCUUGUUAUCUCUGAAAGGAAAAAUAACCAGCUAUGAGCCUGUGCAUUUACAUCUCCUUUGAGGAAACAUGGGCAAUCAGUGAAGCAGCACAACACUGACAUGUACUGACCAACCUUUCUGGCAGCAAGAAUCAGCCUGCUAGAUGGAACUUCCUUUCUGAAGACAUCGUAUGGGCUGCAGUGUUGAUCAGAAGGGCCUCACUGUAGGUGCUUUCCCUGCCACUGGUCAUUCUCUUGAGGCCUAAAUGCUCCAAGUAAGAUCAGCGGAAGAACGUGUUAAUUUCUCCCUGCUGGCGACAACAGUAUGCUUCCAAAGGAGAAAUCUGAAUAUUCUUGGAAAAUAAGCUGUAUGGCACACACGGCUCCCAUCACCAUGGGUUCAGAGGAGCUCGGGGACCCUGCUGCUCCCCCGCACGGCAACCCCCCACUUCCCUGACGGAGCAUCCCACCGUCACCAUCACCUCCAUCAGCACCACCCUCCAGGCAGAAGACGCCCGAGGGACGAGACAAGACCGCAAGGAGAAGAGUUAACAGGGAAUUGAUAACCCGGCCCUUUUUUUGUCUUACCCCGCCUCCUCCCGCUUGCGGGGAAGUGAGGGAUCAGGACGCGCCGAGCGGGGGUGGCCCCGGCGGAGAGGUGCGGGGAGGGCUCCCCUCCGCGCCGCUCCGCCGGGGGCCCCGCGGCACCGCCCGGCCCAGCCCGGCCCGGCCGGCCCGGCCCGCACGGCCGAGCGCCGCCCCCGCCGCCGGGGAUGGAGCCGCCGCCGCCCCGCGGGAGCAGGAUGGAACAUGAGGCUACCCAGCUAGAAAAGCAGCACGUGCACAGUGUGUAUGAAAGUACAGCUGCCUACUUUAGUGAUCUGCAGACCAAAGCAUGGCCUCGUGUUCGGAACUUUCUGCUGGAACAAAAGCCUGGCAGUCUCGUUGUUGAUAUAGGUUGUGGAACUGGAAAGUAUCUCAGUGUCAACAGUCAAGUGUAUAAUCUAGGCUGCGAUUACUGUGAAGGACUGGUAGAAAUUGCAAGGAAGAAAGGUGAUGAAGUUCUGGUGUGUGACAACCUUAACCUUCCCUUUAGGGAUCAGUGCUUUAAUGCAGUCAUUUCAAUUGGAGUGAUACAUCAUUUCUCAACUAAACAAAGAAGAAUCAAAGCAAUAAAGGAAAUGGCAAGGAUACUGACACCUGGAGGCCAAAUAAUGAUUUAUGUUUGGGCUAUGGAACAAAAGAAUCGUCGCUUUGAGAAACAAGAUGUAUUUGUUCCAUGGAACAAGGCCUUGUGCUCACGCCGUUUUUCAGAAUCAAAUCAAUCUGGAGAUAAGGGUGAGUUUGUCCAUACAGCAAAAGGCCAAGACAUACACCCUGCACAGCUUGUCAUCUCUGAGUGCAGCUACCAAAACAAUCUGCAGCCAGAAACUGAUUCAAAACACUCCCACAGUAUGGACCAUUGCUUACCCAGAGCCUGCUGCAUGAAAAUUUCUGAGGAAGAAAACAGGUUUUACAGUGCUCUAGGAAGAUCUUUCCGCUCAUGGUUUUUCUCCAGAUCCCUUGAUGAAGCAGCCCUGAGAAAGCAAAGUGACAAAAUGAAGCGCCUGAAACAUGAGGGUGUGUGGGCAAACAGUACCAUACCCAUUCAACAUUCACGACACUGCAGCUUGGAUUUAGGUCACCAUGGGUCACUGUUAAAUGAACCAAGUUUAGAUGAUGAUGAUGAUGUGUUUGUGGAAAGCCUGUCUCUCAAAAAACCACAGUGGUCACCAGCCACAGCUGCACCAAAGGAUUUAAGUUUAAAUGGAGGACACCAAAGUGUAGCUCAGAGCAAGGGGGACAAAGCUUCAUUUCUAAAUGGCCCAGUGGAAGACAGAGACUGCCUCUGUGGCUGUAACAAAGAUGGUGCUGGUAAGUCUGAUAACAGCAAGUUUUUCAAAAGAACUUCAACAACCGAUUCCACUGACUCAGCUUUGGAUUCAGCAGUGUCUGUUGGGGACCAAACUGAUGCCAUGUUGGAUACAAAAGCCUUCAUGCGUUAUUACCAUGUUUUUCGGGAAGGGGAGCUGUGUUCUCUGGUGGAAGAGAAUGUGCCUGAGCUUCAGAUACUUUCUUCCUGCUAUGACCAUGGAAACUGGUGCAUUAUUGCAGAGAGAAGAGGAGCAUAGCUAUAAAGAGAGCAAAGCAGAAUCCAGUGACUGAGGAUUUUAAGCUCUUCCUUGUGUUACUGUGAUUGUGCAGUGUGACAUGGAAUUGGAAUCUUGUAGUUGUGUGCCAUUCAUUUUUGAGUUAUUAUCUCUCAACUAUUUAACUAGCUAAUGCAAGGUCUGUAUAUAGGAAUGCAAGUGGUAGAUAAUAUUUAUGCUUUCCAAAACUUUUUUGAAGUUAAAACUGUAGAGUUUUAUAUUGCUGUUAGCAAAUAAUUGUGUUUUAAAAUAUACUUUUCUAUUGAGAAAUAAACCUUUUUAUAAACCAAGGAUCAGGGCAUCUUUUAUGAGAAAUAUCCUCUCAGUAGAAAGUCUAAUCUUUGUUCUUCAGAUGCCAGAAGUUUGUCACAUUGCUCCCUAUUCUUGAAGUGCUAUAAAUGAGACAUGGACACUAUGUCUAAAAUUGUACUUGACUGUACACUGGUAGAGUGCAUGCUGUAGAACUGGGAGCAAGCAUGGUCCCAGUGCUCCUCAGUUGGGAGUAAAGUUAUUAAUGGGCAAAAAACUGUGUACCAAACAAGCUCUGCGUGUUCUGUCAUUUGAUGUUUGUAUUUGGGAGCAAUGACAGCACAGAUUUUGGACAGUAUUUUUUACUUUUGUUUUAAAAAUAAUUUAAUUUGUCUUGCAGGUACAGGUGGAGUUUUAUGUGUUAGCUCUCACAAAUAUCUUAUCUUAAUUUCCUUUGCUGUAGUUUUCCAUUGGUUACAUGUAUAUAAUAGUCAGAGGGAUUUGUGGGAAUGUAUUAUGUAAAGUUCUAAAAUAUCAAAUCCUUGAAGUACGUAUAUCUUUUUGAUAAGCCUGGGAAGCUAAGUUUAAAUUAAUAAAAAUCCAGUGCAUA